AUGUCGUCGGCGAGGGCAUCUCCAGAAUUCGUCAAGGACGAUCAUCCUGAUCGCAUCGGACCUGAUGUUGAUCCUAAACCCACCUGGGCCUCCCGCGGUCGCUCGAUCGUGCGAGCAUUCACAACCAAAGAAGGCCUCAUAGGCGACUACGACUAUGCAUUCCUCUUCACACCGGAUAUCCCGUUCCUGAAACGACCUCGACGUGCGGCGCCAUUCUUCGGGCUCAACGACCGCAUGCCACUCCUUCUAGCCUUACUGCUCGGUUUCCAACAUGCACUGAGUAUGCUCGCCGGAGUUGUGACUCCACCUAUCAUCCUCGGAGGCGCGGCCAAUUUCACACCGGAAGUCAACGCAUACCUUGUCAGCACUUCACUCAUCGUCUGCGGUAUCCUUUCGUCCAUCCAGAUCACCCGUUUCCAUCUCUUCCGAUCCCCAUACUAUCUAGGAACAGGUCUGAUUUCCGUCGUGGGAACAUCAUUCGCAACGAUCCCUGUGGCAACCGGUGCACUUUCGCAGAUGUAUGCAUCAGGAUACUGUCCGACCGCAGCCAAUGGCACGAAGCUGCCCUGUCCAGCCGGAUACGGCGCGAUUCUCGGCACGGCAUGUCUCUGUGCGCUCCUCGAAAUCUUUCUCUCUUUCCUCCCGCCGCGCUACCUUCGCAAGAUCUUCCCGCCGCUUGUCACCGGUCCUACCGUUCUGCUGAUUGGUGUUCACCUCGUCGAGACUGGUCUGAAUAAUUGGGCUGGUGGAUCUGGCGGCUGUCGCAGCCGACCGACCACUGGUAUUUAUCAGCUUUGCCCGACCAUUAAUGCACCUCACGCGCUGCCCUGGGGUAGCGCUGAAUACAUCGGCCUAGGAUUCCUCGUCUUCGUCACAAUCAUCUUUUGCGAGCGAUUUGGAUCUCCCAUCAUGAAGAGCUGUGCUGUCGUCCUUGGUCUGCUCGUAGGCUGCAUCGUCGCCGCCGCUUGUGGCUACUUCUCCCGCACCGGGAUUAACGCCGCUCCUGUUGGUAGCUUCAUUUGGAAAUACACCUUCCCGCUGUCGAUUUAUCCGCCCAUCAUCCUACCUUUACUCGCUGUCUACAUCGUUCUAACGAUGGAGGCCAUCGGCGAUAUCACGGCCACCUGCGAUGUGUCCAACCUGCAGGUCGACGGACCCAUCUUCGACAGCCGCAUUCAAGGUGGCGUUCUCGCCGACGGCCUCAACGGUAUUCUCGCCGGUCUCGCCACCAUUACGCCCAUGUCAACCUUUGCCCAGAACAACGGCGUCAUCGCAUUGACUCGCUGCGCCAACCGCAAGGCCGGUUACGCCGCCUGCUUCUGGCUGCUAAUAAUGGGCAUUUUUGCCAAGUUUGCCGCCGCCCUCGUCGCCAUUCCCAGUGCAGUCCUAGGCGGAAUGACCACUUUCCUGUUCUCAGCCGUCGCGAUUUCCGGCAUUCGUAUCAUCUCCACCGCGCCUUUUACCCGUCGCAACCGCUUCAUCCUGACUGCUUCGCUGGCGGUGGGAUUCGGAGCGACCUUGGUGCCGGAUUGGUUCGAUCAUGUAUUCACCUAUGCUGGCUCAAACCAGGCAUUGAUUGGAUUCAUUGAUGCGAUUGAGUUGGUCAUGGAGACCGGAUUCGCAGUAACGGCAUUCAUUGCGUUGAUCUUGAACUUGGUUCUGCCGGAGGAGCCGAUCGAUGAGAAUGUUCUUCCAGCCAUCACGGCGGAGGCGCCUGAUUCUGAGGAGGACCGCGAGGAGUGGGAUAAGAUCCAGCCUACGACGUCCGGUAAGGAGGCUCAGGUGAAGGUGGCUUGA